CCACGGGGAUCAGUAUGAAAAAAGGUAUGACAAUGUAUGCACUCAAACUGUAAGUAGAUGGACUGACUUAAACUGUAAGUAGAUGGACUGACUGAUCCAAUGGACUCCCUCAGUCCCUUUUAAAUGCAUCUGAUUUGUUGGGUAUGCUGUUUCACAUUAUGCUUUAGUUGUCCUGUAUACUGUAUGCCACCGCUGCAGAGAUGUCCCCAGGCCUGGCUGCUCUGACAGUGGGCUGUGACUCGGGGGACCUGGGCUCCCUGUCCCGUGUGCAGCUCCUGCUCCUGGACCGGCCGGACCCUGUGGAGCCCCACUGGCUCUCUGGUCAGGACGAGUACUCCCCAACAGAGGACAGAACAACGGGCCACACAGCGGAGCUCAGAGCCAGAAGACCUCUUAGUCCAGGACUCUCUACUACAGGUAUCCCUGAUUUACAACUCAACACCCAACCCAGUCUGUGAUUUGUUUGUGAGUCAGUGAAUGUGAUUGAACUGGCACGUCUUUAUAUACACUGUGUUUGAGACAUUGUCUCAGUAAGAUUACUUGAUGUAAACUCACACCUUUGACAGUUUCUUUUGACAGUUACAAUGAGCCAAACUAUGACCUUUGAUAGAAACAGCAAAACCGUUGAUUUCAUAACAGGGAAAAUCCAGACUUGUGUAGAAUAGGCUGGACAGGGGAAUACCAAGCUGCGUUAUGGGUGUGUGCCUGCCGGUCGUUGGUCGGCCUUGAGAGUAAUGUCUUUACAGUGUGAACCGCCUCUCAUCUGCUCCCAGGCAUGCUGCUGCAGGCUCGUAACUGAAAGGCCAUAAAGAUAUGGAGGCUCAUUUCUGGCUUUGGCAGAACGUUUUAUUGGGAUAUGAUAUGCCAUAUGAAUAAAGAUCAAACCGGCUCGCGUUUAUCAUUAACCUGGAAACCUCAGCUCAGACACACCGACAGCUAAUUUAAAAAAAAUAUUUUAACAAUGGCACAAUCUGGAUGUGAUUGUGUCUGUGCAGCGUGUGCAUAUCAGUCUGGGUGAUGCAAGAAAUACCAUAGAAAGUUUACCAAACAUCAUAUAAAGUGCUAAAAGGAAUAUAAGUGGUCGAUUAGCAAACAGUUGGAAAUAAGCAUCUCAUUUAGUAGUUCUAUAGGCAAACAACAUAUGUGUAACUUGUUUUCCAUGAUAUUAAUAAUACUAUUGCUCAGUGUGAUGCUUCUCCUGUGAAUUGGCAAUGUGGCCUUGAAUACAGUCAUUGAAUCAAACUAAUUCCUCUUCACUCAGUGACAUAUCACUGUGGCUUGACUGGAGAUGUAGACAUUGCAGGGGGCUAGUCUGUCUGUCUGUCCUCUAGAUGUGUCUCCAGAACAAUGUUUUCCCAUUCUGUGUUUGCACCUGACACGCUUCUGGGAGACAGGUGUUCCUCCAGGGUUUUCCCCCUCUAUUUAUAUCAGUAUUUGCAGAGUGAUUAGGAACCAUACUUUUAACUAAUACAUGGCAUUACUCAUAUCUGUGUACGCACUCAAACACAAAGGAAAACACACACGCAAGCAAGUGCCACGGGCACGUUGGCACACGCACACACUAUCUAUUCAGUUUGUGUCUUCAGAUUGAUGGUGUGUGUGUGUGUGUGUGUGUGUGCCUGCCUGCAUGGAUGGAUGUGUGUGUUGUUGUCAGGCGACCUGCGGCCCCUCACAGCUGGCAGCUGUGGCGACGGCAGUGUGUCUGAGAGGUGUGUCGCUACAGGCAAAGUCCAGGGACAGGGUGAGCACACAAUGGUGAGUGUCUGUACCCCCUCCUCAAACUACCCCUCACAACAACCCCUCUGUGGCUUUCAUCCGUCUUUGUAAAAUACUAUUGCACAUUGUUGUUUAAACACUGACUAUACCAACACAAAGACACUGACUGAGACAAAGACCUAUAUUUACAGUAUAAACUUGAACUGGCAUGAAUUUGUAACUGCCAUCCCGGAUCAAGCAGCCAAAUUGUUGUUGAUCAUUGAAACACAAUAUAACAACAUUGAGAGAAGUGUGCAGUGCAGCAGGUGCGUAGUUAAUCAGUCACAGGCCACCGGAGGGAGAGGCUGAUGACUGUACCACUGAAAGAGCAGAGCAGACAGACUUUUACACCACGUUCUGCUCAGCCCACUGCUCUAUCCUAGGGGGGGUCCACGCACUCACACUCAGAUGUGGCUCUAUACAGGGGAGACUCUUUUGGAGGAUGCGCCGCUGGUGGGAUGGAUCAGACAGGGUCAGGGGUGAGGGGUCAGGGGGUAAACGCAGCGCUGCGAGUGUCGGGGUGCAGUGGAAUGGAUGCAGGUGCUCCACGCGAUAGACUAUUCAUCUCCUCUUUAUGAUAGAUGAGAAAGCUUCCUCUGCUCUCUGAAAGGCUCAAUGUGCCUUAUAAGCCCCCUGUGAUUAUGUCUAACCACAAUGAAGCGUUCUGAGUACCCGGGGCAUGAUUCAUGUUAGGCUAUUUGCAUAAUGCACCACUACUACACCACAGGUUUAGAGUCUAGUGUGCUGGUACGGGAUUGGCACACAUUAUGUGGUUAUAAUGUGAUUUAUUUUUUAGUAAUAGUCAUGCCUGAUUGGUCUAUGUAGAACACAGGUCAGACUGAAUAAUGUGAUCGUGGUGUUGCGGUUUUAUGCUUGUGUUUUCAGAAGUGCCACACCGAGGAUGGUUCCAGGUCACCAUCGUCAUGGAUCAGUGAUUCCAGUCCAUCAGACAUCAUAUCCGGGUCCACCAGUUCCCAAUGCGAGUCCUGCUGUGGUACUGCAUCACCCAUAUCACUCUUAUCACAUCCACACCUAAUGAAUAGGAUUUCUUAACAACCUUAUUGAUUUUCCUUCCAAAUCGUUAUACUUCCGUUUGCUCUGCAUAUUAUGCAUUCUAUCCUUCUCUCUAAACCUAAGCAUACAUCUCUGUAAACUCUUAACAGCUAUCUUUAAUCAGUCAAUACCUACAAGAGGCUGUCCUUAACAUGAGGGUUUGGUCUGUCCAUACUAGAGCGGGUCUUCUUCAAAGCCAUUGUGUUCUUACUGUCACCGCUGUGUUUGGCCGUGUUACUCUGCAUCCGGUACACUUAAGCCUGAUAAUCCUCGGUAGAGCUGGCUGGCGAGCAGAGUGGUCCUCUCCUGUGUGGCCGUCUUGUGUACACUGAUGAAUAAUGGGUUCAAAGGCAGAGCAAGUGCAGUAGGACCACAAACACAGAGAAAACAGGCUUCACAGGAAGGAAAUGGAAAGGAAGGAUCAUUUGGGUUUGACUUAACCCCUUCCUAUUUCUCUCUCUUCUGUGAUGCAGAGAUAUACUAUUUUUUUAGCUAAAACUUUCUUCCCAUUCAAUUUCUCUUUUUCCCUCUUCCUCCUCUUCACUUUCUCCUUCUCCUUUUUUGUUCUUCCUCCACCUCUGUUUCACCAUAUCUGUCCUCAGCCUGUGAUCAUGUCAUGUGUUUUAACGCUGAGUGACUCUCCUGUAUCAGUCAUUGUGUUAUGUUGGCCCUAAUGGCCCGUGGCUUGCUGUGUUGUGCAUCAGUGACAGCACCAUUACAAACCCAGUUGUCAUACCUGUGAUUCAACGGCCAUGCAUGAGGGCCACUGUGCUCAGCCAUUAACUACGACCAAGGGCACAGCGACAUGUAACAUGUCCUCUUGGCUCCACUGCUUAAUGUCUGAUGUCAGGACACCAUGACUGGUGGGUUACACUCACUGGACAGAUACCAGGAGCUUUGUCACAUGACUACAUCUAUGUUAACUUACAGAUGGGGAGGAGUCCGAGGGAAGUGACCAAACCAGCCAGGCCCCUACCACCCUGAAUGAGAAGCACACGGGUGAGUGACAUUUUAGUGAGAUGUCUUAAUAUGGGAUAGUAAAGUUUUCCCACUGUUUUAUUACCUCUAUUUUACAUGCCAGCAAUGGAACUCUCAUAAUGCUCAUUGGACAUAAGACAACUGUUUGUUGUGUUGGAGGCCUAAACAUCCCGAAACCCCAAAAUAUGGUUUUAUUUACUGCAGCUCUGGGAAAACAAACUUGUCAAAUAAAAAGAAGAUGUCAUCCCAGAUAUCCUUGGUGAUGGUCUGUGUGCUCUGGGACAAUGACCUCUGGGAGGCCAAAGACAUGGUCAGAGCCCAGGAGAGGGUCAUGGGGAGGGUGCUGAGGGGUGAGCCCCGGGGUCAGCGAGCCUUUGAGCGUUGCCCAGUGUGUGGGAUGGCUUUGUGUGGCCAUAGGUUAGGUGAGAUUGGGUUUCCAAGGGGAGAAACGGGGCAGUUAAAACUCUCAAUAGAGCUCCCUAAGUAGUCCAUAGAAUUACACUGUUACGACUCAAUGUGACACUAUGGGGACAGCGUUGUAGGGUGACAGCAUGGUGUUCCAGUAUGCAUUUACGAAUCCAAUAAGGACUUCGACCUAAAAGUAUGUAUCCAAAUAAAGAAAAUACGACAAGUGUGAAAUACAGACCCUGUUGUCGUAGUUAUCAGGUUUUGUCAUAACAGGUUUAUAGCUUCAUAAUGUGGCUUGUUCAAAACAAUGUCCACCCAUGCAUGAACUAAUAGGCUGAACACAGGCAAAUGGCACUUAGGUGAUUAUUUUUACCCAGUCAGAAUAAUAAGAUGAGAUAAGAUAUGUGGUCUAUCCCCAGUGAGCUCUAUGAUAAGGUAUUGGACCCCCUCUCUGUCAUAAUUCAUUCAUAGGUACUAUAAUCCCCCUCAUAAUUGUUUUCAUGACUGUUUCAAUUCUGCCCGGUCACUCCCGUGUUCUCCCCAGAGUUUAGCAUUCAGCUGUUACUGAAGACGUUAGCGCCCUAAAUGAGUGUUGUGAUGGGCUGGGGCCACAAAGAGGACUAAUCUGGACUGACCCUGGUAGAUUGUUCCGGAAGGCUUCGGGGAGCCGCUAGCUGGACAGAUUAGGGCCGGUGAAAGAGAAGGGAAAGACACUGGAGCAGAGAUUAGUCGUGUUCCAAGCAGGAUGGUUUCCCCCCCAGAGGACCACACACUGACAAUGUAGCUGUGUCACCAUUGUCUCUAAACCACUGCCACUGUGGGCUCAGCGGCUAUUGUCUCCUCCGAAAUCCACCAUCGUUUUCUCUCCCUCCUUGUCCUUUUUCAAACCUGGAUCCAUCCAGGCCCUUUGAUUGGCACUUGUCAGCGGCUGAUAGAGAGGAUCACGUGUUGGGAAACGAACAGGCCGAUAAGGAGGCCGAGGAGGCCUGAAAAGGACAAUCCCUCCCUAUGAAUAAUAAUCUGGAAGGAUUUGCCUUUUUUCUCCGCCCCUCCCUUUAUUCUUUCUUCUGGACAGAUAGAGGAGUCGAGGCUCUGGGUGGCAUCGGUGAAUGACACUGAUUGUCUCACUGACGCUCAUCCCUUUCUCAAACACACAAAGAAAAAGAUACAAGUCCGACCUUCUUGCCUCUUCCUGGUGCACUGGAUGUUGGGGUCUUUCUGUGUGCAGGGGCAGGCGAUGUGUGUGUUUUUGUGUUCAGGGGCAGAGCCGGCCAGAGGGAGGGUGGUGUGUGGUUUUUUGUCUUCGGUGGCCUUUCGAGAUCAGGGAGGGGAUUUGAAUUGGCUACACACAGCCAAAUCCAGCUAUCUGCCAUGAUUCAGAUGGCUCUGUUGGUAUGGUAACCUGGUCUGUGUGUUUUAGAUGGUUUCUAAGCAGGCCACUGUCUUGUUUCCAGCUUGAACUGACCAGUAAUCACUCCCCAGCAUUCAUGGAUUAGGCCAUGUUAGAAAAGGAGCUUUUAGAAAGGAAGGUCCUGAAUAAUUUGAAGCUUUUACUUUGUAUAAAAUAUGUCUCAGAGUGGCAAUGUUUAAAAUGACCAGUCUAGUUGGGUACAUCUUGUCCAAUAAUGAACAUAAAUAUAUUAGGAAAUAUGUUUAUGUAAUAUGUUAAAGCGCUUGCACAAAUGCAUCAUUUCAGAUAACAAUUGAACUAACAUUUUGUCACCCUUCCUUCUAAUUUCAUAGUGUAUAGGCUUGCAUUAUAUACAGUAUGAUAUCUUUUGUAUUAUCCAUCUCCUUGGUCGUUCCAACUUCGUUUAAAUAAAUAAUCUAAACAUGAUUGAUGUUGCACACAAAUAAAUAUUCUAGACAGAAUGAUACAUUCUAUGUUGUAUCGGUGGAGUGGAUUUUACUACCCAAAAGCCUUUGACAUUGAGAAUUGUGCCCCACACAGAAACUGAAGUAGAGAUGUGAUUGUGUUCAAGACGGACUGUCAAAUGAGACAUGACUAUAUCCAGCUGAGCUGCUGACCUCUGACCUUUCAGCACGAUAUAUGAUAUAUGAUGACAGUCUAUGACGUUUUUGAUGAAAGAUAGUUCUGAACCUUAUCACUCUGUUGGUCAAGCUUUCUCCUGAUCGUAAUGACUAACUAACACCAUCCUAACGCUAAAAUGCUUGAAACUCAUUUGAUUCAUGUCUUAUGUGGUAACACAGGUAACGCUCAUGGUAAAGAAUGACUACUAGAGUGUAAAAAAAAUAAGGAAAUUGUAUUCGCAAUCCAAGCCUCAAUGUAGUUUGAGUCUUCAUUGAUGGCACUCUUUGUCCCUGCGCCUCCAGGCCAGGAAGUGCAUUAUUCUGACUUUUCAUUGGCAGAUAAUGGGACUCCUAAUUGGGGGCCAGUGCCAAAUCGACUGAGUGGUUACGUUUCCGAAGGGUGUCCCUCUUUCAGUUAGGAUGUGAAAAGAUCAGAGGAGUGGAGAUGUGAUGUGACUGGGAUGUUUAGGGAGGACAAAGAGAUGAACAUGUGUGUUUGUGAGGGAAAAAAAGGAGAAGUGGUUGCAAAGUGAGCUUUCUUAAGUAGCAAGAUAGAUGUACACAAAUGCAGAACACCUAGCAUGUUGACUUUCAAAGUGCUUUGGUGGAACUCUACUAGACACACAACAGUAAUAUCAAACCAAGUGGGUCAGCAUCAUGAAAAUACAAUAAUCAGUGAAUGAGCACCAGAAACAAGAAGGUACCAUACCAUAACCAUAAAUAGUGUUAGUUCUAAUAUAUCUGCUUAUGGGGAUAUGACUGCAAUAUGAGGACCUCUCAGACUCAGAUGGGCUUUGAAAUCUGCCCAAUGCCAUGAGAUUACUCUCCAUCUCAAUGUGGUCCUAUGAAAAUGUGCAUCUCUAUGUGUCCCCAUCCAGGCCCCAGCCCAGACCAGGGGGGUCCAGUGAAGGAGGAGCCUGGUUGCCCUGAUCAGGGGGAGCGAGGCUGGGCUUCCACCGGGGGCAGGAGAAGGCCCGGGAGGCUGGAGCGCAGGAUGAGGGAGAAGGAGAGAAAGAUGAAGGUGCUGAACAUCUACUCCAAACUCCAGGACAGCGGACCCCUUCAGCCCAGCCGCAACAGGGGCCGCUCCAAGUUUGAGGACUGUGAGUGUAUCAGUGUAUCCAUCCUCCCUCACACAUUUAAAACCCAACACUGCUUACCGACACACACUGAUCUGCCCACUGCCUCUUACCAUAAGGGAGCAUUUUAGCAAAACACAAACACAUUUACGCUCAACACUGCGGCCUCUCGACUUUUUAAAAUAAUUAUUCUCCCCCACACAAUUUUCCUUUAGUCCAGAGCACAGCACUUGAUUUCACCAUUUCAAUUAGCUGCUUUGUAAACUAUGGAGGACUAAAAGUGCCACAAUUAAAUAAAUAAAUACACCAUUAAAUAAUUACUUAAAUGUGUCAUUAAUUAAUUCAAAUUAGAAUUAAAUACAUAAAUGUGUAAUUAAAUGUAUCAUUAAUUAAUUCAAAUACCGAUUCAUUUUAUGUAAAAUACAUAUAUAAUAAUUUCACUAUUUACAUUUACAUUUCAUGGUCCUGCGUUGGAGUGCUUCCUGAAUUACUUAAAACUGUCAAACUGACCCAUCAAAAGUUGGUAGGCGGAACCUAACGCCUGAUUGGUUACCCUCUGCAUCAAGCCAAGACAAAUCAAUUCCGGAUAAUGUCAGCAGGUCCUGCUUCUACAUCCUCUGCUAAGUUUAAAAUGUCUCUAACCAACUCCCUGGAAAGUUCACGGAGAUCCUCCAUUGUCUCUAUCCAGGUUGGCCUACUCUACUUCAGACCAAAGCAAUGGAUCAGACUAGAUUCGCGUUAGCCCCGCCCACUGACUUUGAUGGGUCAGUUUGACAGUUUUAAGUAAUUCAUGAAUCACUGCAAUGCAGGAUCAUGAAAUGUAAAUGUAAAUAGUGAAAUAAUUAUAUAUGUAUUUUACAUAAAAUGAAUCGGUAUUUGAAUUAAUUAAUGAUACAUUUAAUUACACAUUUAUGUAUUUAAUUCUAAUUUGAAUUAAUUAAUGACACAUUUAAGUAAUUAUUUAAUGGUGUAUUUAUUUAUUUAAUUGUGGCACUUUUAGUCCUCCAUAGUAAACAGGAGUUUACCCUGAAAUUCUUCAGUUUCUCCCAAGUGUCUAAUUUCUGUCAUGCCACCCAUUGUCACUGUGCCGGGCCUGGCAAGUCCCACAAUGAGCCUGUACACCUCAGGUCAAGGUUAAGAAUGGUCAAAGGGUCAGGGUUUCUCCUGUGUGCACAACCACUUGUCUGAUUGGACAGGUUUGUUCAGCCAGUAAUGAACAAAGAGGAAGAUCCCUGCAGCUGUCCUUCCACACAACAAAAGAAAGGUUAUUACCAAUUGAUGUGUGUGUGGUGGGGGGAGGGGAGAGUGAACUGUUUCUCUUUCAUAAGUGUGUAUUGGCUACAACUAUAUCUCAGUUCUCAGCUCUUUUUAUAUUUUUAGCAGUUGUCUUCACACAUCAUGUUUAUGUCUGCUGGUGUUAUUUUCUGUUUGUCUUUGUGGCUUUGUGCGAUAAUGAGUGUCAGUACGUGUGUGUGUGUGUGUGCUGCAGCCCCUCGCUCAGACACUUGUAAACAUGUCCCCUCAUUAGGGCUGAAAGGCACUAAUUGGCCUUAAUUGGCACCCUCUUCGCCUGGCACUGACCACUGGCCAACGCACUCCUAAAAUAGAGACGCCUCUCUACUCUCCCUCGUUCCUUUCUUCCUCUCCUCCUCUAUGCACUUUUCUCCCACUUUCUUCCUUUACUUCCCCACUCAUCCAUCCAUCCUUCCAUCCAUCCAUCCUUCCAUCCAGCCAUCCUUCCAUCCAGCCAUCCUUCCUGCCUGUAGACAUUUACUUUCUCUAGUGCCUCUGUUUGUGCCAUACUCCCUGUUUCCUAUCAGAAGUACAUGACUGGGCUAGCACAGUAGUAGAGAGACUGUAGAUUGUACACAGGAAAGAGUACAUGACUGUGUUAUCACAGUAGUAGACAGACUAUAGAUUGUAUACAGGAAGUAUAAGCAAUAGCAGAGUGAUGAUUGUUUUCAUACAGAUAAGAGCGGGGUCAGGUCUGAACCUCAGUGUUUUCCUAGUAGGCUAGGAACAUACAAUGCCUGUGUUGACUGAGUGCAUGAUUGUUUUGGAUACAUAUGCAAGAGGGAUGACUGUAAGUGCAUUCAGGGAGACUGGUGUCCGUUCUGAGCUCCAUUGUGUGCUGUUGUCCCAUGGAGUGGUUCUCAGUAGCUGUACCUGUGCUGCUGGCGUCAGUGACUCACUCUGCCAGGGUCUCUGAUGAAUGUCAGUGUUGAUGGGGAACACCUGGCGGCCCCGUGACUGCUCCGCCUCAGCCCCGCCCCCUGGACGCCACUCAGCCUCCCGUGUAUUAACGCUCUAUUGAGGUAGAUGGGGAAUCCGCUGCACUCGUGUUUGCUCGGUUGUUUUCACCGCAAUGAAUAGCUUCUGAAUGAAUGAGCAAGGGAGACCAAUCACUUAGAAUAGUGUGUGUGUGGGUGUGAGUGUGUCUGCACGCAUGCGCCUGUGUGUGUAUGUGUGUGUGUAUCUGUGUGUGUGUGUGUUGGUGUGUGUGUGUGCAUGUGCGCUAGGGUACAGUGCCUUUAUGUAACGGCUGUUUGCUCAGCCUUUGGUCUAGAAUACCUCUGUGUAUUUACCAUUAGCGCCAAAUGACUGGACAAACAAACAGCCAGCCUAUUGAUGAGCAGCAGCGUGGAAUAUGCACGCUCGCUGUUUUCAAAGAGCGCAGAGAAGGAGAGAGGCAGAGAGCGGCAAAGAGAAUCUGUCAAAGACUCUAUUAUAUUGUGUCUAAACAGAGAGGGCCCUCCACAAUGGCCUUAUUAAUGGUACAAUGUCAAGGAGAGCCUGGGUAGUAAUAACACAUGAUUUGGCUUUGUCAGGUUAUCAGUACAGAUCAGUUAUAGCAGAUGAUUAGAGGCUUUGAGGACUUAUCUUUUUGGAUCUGUGUGCGUGCGUGUAUGUGUGUGUGUAGCGGCGCUGGGCGAUUGGACGUAGGCGUGUGUAUGUUUGUUUGUGUGUGUGUGUGUGUGCGCGCCGUGGUUUGUGGUGAGGUGGGUGGCGUGCUGCCAGAGUCGGGAGUGUGGCCGCUGCGUGUGUCUUUGUUUGUUUUCCUGACGCAGAGUUUUUCCCCUCCUCCUUUUGGGGAAAGUGAAGGGGUGGAGCCAGGGGUCCAUGGAGCGAUAAUGAGGCCUGUUGCCAAAUUCUGCCCCCCUCCUGAGUCCACCACACUCGAAGGGACUGGAGCACAUUGCCAAAUUCUCCUCUGACCCAAAAGAGAUGUUGAAUAAUGUUUGGUCGCAUUAUUAAAGAAUCACAAAAUGUUUCUGAACUAUCCUGUAAAUAUGGUUCUAAGUUGCUUUCCUGUAAAAUGAUAACAUCAUGGAAUCGUCAUUGAUGAAUUGGCUAGUCUGGCCAUGAAACCUUAGCUACUGCUGUCACAAGACUAGAGGAAAUGUACAAUAUGUUUAAGUAAUGUCUUCAGCUAACAGUUGUGUGUGCAUGUGGACAUUGUCUUAGGUACAGACUCUCUGUGAUUGAGUUUCAACAUUGAAUGGAGCUCAGGAAUUAAAGGACUGAUUACUGCAUCUCCUCCUGCACCUCCUACUGGCCUACUGAAGCUCUCAACUUCCUGCUUGUAUAAUGCUAUUACUGUAAAAUGUAGUCUUCUUAUAAACCUCAUUGGUUGCUCCAUUGUGUAAUUAAUACACUGAAAUAUACUCUAGAAUCAUAUCAGGAAAUAAUCUUGACAAGGAAAGACCAGUUUAGUUUAAUUAAUGUCAGUGACUGGAUGAUUUUAUUAUCAUCAUACAACAUGCCAAACUACUCAAACUAUACUGAAGCUUUGGUUUAUUUUAAGAUUGUAGGACUAUCACUCAUUAUAUCAUGUUUUGACGCUACAGAAUUAAAAGAUCAUAGCACUUAAAGAGCUUAAACCCAACAUAUCCCCAAAUGCUCCCAUAUAGUCUGUCUGUUGUGUUACAGUCACAGUGGAUAACGUUUGAGUCUAGCCAACGCCAUGGAACAUCCAUGCUCAUUAUAUGAAUGUAAUUACUCUAAAUACAGGUUUUUAAUCAGACACUAUAUGGGUUAGGUUGAGCUCUGACAUUCUCCCACUGGAGAAACGGGGUCAUUUCUCCUCUAGCACUGAAUGUGACCUUUGUUAGGGGAAUUAUGGACACUUUAUACAUGUGACGAUGAGCAGAAACAAAGGUCUGGGAUUAAGUGGGAAAGAGAGGAAGAGAAACAAACCAGAGGGCAACACAUGAAAUAACACAAUAGAACCUCUGUGUUGCUCCAUUGCUCCACAGUCCCAACACUGUUUACAGACUUCCUGACUAUAAUGUAUGGUAUUGAGAGAGUUUGUUGUUGCAGUCAUUCAGCUAUUCAGAUUUAACCUAGAUUUCGCUAAAAAGAAAUAACGGUUAUAUGCAAACUACUUUCUCACUUUGAAUGAUGUUGUUUGUUUUGUUCAGAUUGUGACUCUGUGAGAAAAUAUAAAUCAUUUGUUCAUGAAUGCCUGCACAGUGUCAGAUCAGCAAUCAGGCUGUUUGUCAUCUGUCAGCUGGAGACAUUGACAGUGAUGUCCAAGUGUGUGUUAAAUGAGAUGUGACUCGUGGCUUUUCGCCGUCUGCGGACCGGUGGACGUCAUUGAAUGUGUGUGGUGACUGAAGAAACAGAAGAAAAAGCUGCAAAACAAACGGUCGUAAAAGAGUGAACCUCCUUGCUCAUCAUCAUCACGGCCCCAUUGUUCCUCCCUCAAUCGCUACUGAAUCGCCUCACUCUCAUUACAGAUUACAGCUUUAGCAGAGUGACUCUCCCCUUUCUGUGCCACAGUCCUUCUCUUGAUUAACAUUUUCUGCUAGGCUUCACACCAAAGGCACAACCUGUGUGCUUUAAAGGCCAUCUGAAAAAAAAAAAGCCAUCAUGCGCUGGAGUGGAAUCAGAUAAGGCUAUCAGGCAGGAGGUUUUAGUGCCUGGGCUUUGUCCUGCUCCUCCACCCGCCUUCGCUUCCUCCCUCAAUCUCUCACUCCACUGCACCUUUUGUCCGGCUGAUUUCCCGACGGAGUGGCCCCCUCGGUCGCAGAACCCCUGAUCUCCCUCCAGCACGGACUGCAGUGUGUGUGUGUGUGUGUGUGCAUGCGUGCGCACGUGUGUAAAAAUGAGUGCCUGUGGGCACACAUCAGGCCUGAGAGAUGCAAGGCAGAGGCCCAGGAAAGAGAAGCAGGCCUAGGAUAGAACAAGAGAGAGAGUCACCAUUAGGGGGACUGGAUCACUACCUACCAGGGACAGGACUGAUGGGACCUGCUUCAGCCUGCCCCACUCUAAAGAGAGGGGACGGGGGAUCCAUUUACUCUGUCACACAAGCUGUCAAUUCACUUCAUUGGAUUGAUCAGUGCACUGAUCCAGGCAGUGGGGUGUGUGUCUAUUGAAGAGUGUUAGAUUGGGGUCUGGGGGCUAGCUAAUACCCAGCCCAGACGCUGCUCAGGGGACCGAUCGUGUGACUCGUGGGUCUCAGCGAAAGCCCCUUCUCGUCACAGACAUUUGCAAACAGAUGUACACAGCCGCGCCGUAGGUUUUGAUCAAUCAAGCUUUAACAAGUCAAGUUGACUGGAUGCGAAUGUAACGCUUUGCAUGUGAAAGGCUGAGGCUGCAGAAGGCCUGGUUUUGAUUAGGCCUAAGCAGAUAAAUGGCAGAUUGAAACGGCCCCCUGCAACCGGGGAGCAGCUCAGAGGUCCAGGGGUUUAAGUCCAGACUGAUACAAACUCUGUUUCUGUUACAUUCUUCUGCUACCCAAUGAAUAGAUCCAUUAUUCAGUGGACUCUUUCUCAUCUCUACUGAAUUGAAGUGGAAGCAGCUUAAAGAGCUCUUCCCUUCUCUCCCCUUCUCUCCCUUCUCUCCCCUUCUCUCCCUUCUCUUCCCUUCUCUUCCUUCUCUCCCCUUCUCUUCCCUUCUCUUCCCUUCUCUCCCUUCUCUCCCUUCUCUCCCUUCUCUUCCCUUCUCUUCCCUUCUCUUCCCCUUCUCUCCCCUUCUCUCCUUCUCUUCCCUUCUCUUCCUUCUCUUCCCUUCUCUUCCCUUCUCUUCCCUUCUCUUCCCUUCUCUCCCCUUCUCUUCCCUCUCUCUUCCCUUCUCUUCCCUUCUCUCCCCUUCCUUCUCUUCCCCUCCCCUUCUCUUUCCCCUCUCUCCUCUCUUCCCUUCCUUCCCUUCUCCUCUCCUCUUCUCUUCCUUCUCUUCCCUUCUCUCCCCUCCUCUCCCUUUCUCUUCCCUUCUGUCCCCUUCUCUCUCCUUCUCUCCUCCUUCUCUCUCCUUCUCUCCCCUUCUCUCCCCUUCUUCUCCCUCUUCUCUCCCUCUUCCCUCUUCCUUCCUUUUCUCCUUUCCUGCUCUCCCUUCUCUUCUCUCCCUUCUCUCCCUCUCCUUCUCUUCUCUUCCCUUCUUCCCCUUCUCUCUCCUUCUCUUCCCUUCUCUUUCCUUCUCUUCCCCUCGCUCUCCCCUUCUCUCCCUUCCCCCUUCUUUCCCUUCUCUCCCCUUCUCUCUCCUUCUUCUCCCUCUCUCCUCCCUCUCUCUCUCCCCCCCUUCUCCCUUCCCUUCUCCUUCUCCUCCUCGUCUCUCUCCUUCUCCCCUUCUCUCCUCCUUCUCUUCCUCCUUCUCUCCUCUUCCUUCUUCCCCUUCUCUCCCUUCUGUCCCCUUCUCUCUCAUUCUCUCUCUUCUCUCUCCUUAUCAUCUCCUUCUCUCUCCUUCUCUCUCCUCUCUCUCUCCUCUCCCCGUUCUGUCCCCCUUUCUCUCCUCCUUCUCUCUCCUUCUCCUCCCCCCCCCCUCCUUCUCUCUCAUCCUCCCUCCCCCUUCUCUCCCCUUCUCUCCCCUUCUGUCCCCUUCUCUCUCCCUUCUCUCUCCUUCUCUCUCCUUCUCUCUCCUUCUCCCUCUCCGUUCUCUCUCGCUUCCUCUCCCCUUCUCACCUCUCUCUCCCCUUCUCUUCCCUUCUGUUCCCUUCUCUCUCCUUCUCUCUCCUUCUCUCUCCUUCUCUCUCCUUCUGUCCUCCUUCUCUCUUCUCUCUCCUUCUCUCUCCUUCUCUCUCCUUCUCUCUCCCUUCUCUCCCCUUUCUCUCCUCCUUCUCUCUCCCCUUCUCUCUCGCCCCCUUCUCUCCCCUUCUCUCUCCUUCGUCCUCUCCUUCUCUCUCCAUCCUUCUCUCUCUCUCCCCUUCUCUCCCCUUUCUCCUUUCUUGCUUCUUUCUCUUCUUCUCCCCCAGAUUUGCUUUCUGAAAUUGACGUGGAUUAGCUAUCAUAGUAAACGAGCUGUAGUCCCUUAAUUUGCUAUCUGAAAUGUUGACCACUGUAGAGUUGUGGCAUCCUCAACAUUCGUAUAUAUAAUUUCCUAAAUGUGUACUACGUGCUCAAACCCUUGUACUUGUAUUACGUUUUUCCCCUAAAGUGAGUUAUUAUGCCUUUUUCUCUUAGUCAAUCAAUACAUUGACCUCAGCCUAUCCCAGGUCCGUAAAAACCUGUCUCUCUCUCUACACACACAAAGACGUAGCUGCCAAGUGCCACACGAGGCCCCUGAGUGUGCUGCCUGCCCGGCUGGGGACCCCCCCCCCCCCCCCCACCACCAGGGCUGCCGCCUCACAUUGAUAAAGACCAGACUCUCUCAUACACACAUACACACACACAUACACACACACACACACACACACACACACACACACACACACACACACACACACACAGACACAUGCACACACCUGAAGCCUGGCAUACUGUAUAUCUAGAUAUUAUUAGAAAUCGUUCAAAAUGCUCACAGAUUUAUUGUGAUCGGUAUGAAAUAAGAUAUAAACACAGUUUGAGAUAAUAUUCCGUUUAUAUUUCAGUUUGGUGAUGCGUGGUGAUGUGUGAGGAUUUGUAAGCAGUUGAUUUGAAUUGAACACUAUAGCAGAGGGCAGUGUGGCUUCUCUUCCCACUAGAGAGCCUGUUAACACAGAGGUUUGGAUUUACUCUCUUCUCCUCUUCCUUUCUUUCUGGCAGUCGACUUCUUGGCAAAGUAUUGCAUUUUCAGCCAGGAGAAGCUGGCAGAAUACAAAAGGGCUUUUGAAGCGGUAAGUGAAAGGGGAUUUAAACCCUCUCUGUUCACACUAUGCCUCAGAUACACUCCCUCUUUCUUCCUGGUUUUCUGUCUCUCUCUUUCUCUAGUUCUUACUCUCUCUCUCCUUUUCACUCUUCCUGUCUCUCUCUUUCUCUAGUUCUUACUCUCUCUCUCUCCUUUUCACUCUUCCUGUCUCUCUCUUUCUCUAGUUCUUACUCUCUCUCUCCUUUUCACUCUUCCUGUAUCUCGUGAUUCUAACUUUGCUUACAUGAUGAUGUUGUUGUUGUUCAUUGUGAUGAUAAUGUUGAUGAUGACGAUGAUGAUGAUCCCUUCAGGUGGACAGCGAUGCUGAUGGUUACAUCUCCUGCCUGCAAGUGCUGCUGGCACUAAAGAAGAUCAUCCCUCCAGAGCUGCUCUCUGAUGAAGAAGAGAUAUAUGUCUACAGGGUAAAUACAACACACACACACAGACAUACACCUUCUGUAUCACUUUGACCAUGAUGGUUUUUCUCUCAGAUCCUGGAGAUGGUGGACUUCAGGGUGACAGAUGGACUUACAGACCUAAGGCUCUUUGCUGUGAUUGCAAGCCUGGCGCAGAAAAUAGCCACAAUGGAGUGAGUAGUCCAAGUCACUAAUCCAACUCCCUUUUCACAAUGAAGUAUCACUGACCCCCCGACCAUAAAUAAGAAUAAUAGUGUGUGUGUGUAUGCAUCAGUAUGUAUAUCCACUGUGUAUGCAUCACUAUGUCUGUCCACUGUGUAUGCCUCUGUGUGUGUACUGUUUUGAGUGUGCUUGUGUAUGCCUGUGAAUAUAUUAAGACUACAACACACCUAGUUAGGCCAUUAAAGCCGACCUGGGCGGUCAUGAUCCCAAUACAGAACCCCAUCACACUGAUUAGAGUUUGGGGCCUCUGUCACUACAUUUUGUCCCAUAUUUUUAUUUUUAUUUAUUUCACCUUUAUUUAACCAGGUAAGCCAGUUGAGAACAAGUUCUCAUUUACAACUGCGACCUGACCAAGAUAAAGCAAAGCAGUGCGAUAAAAACAACAACACAGAGUUACAUAUGGGGUAAACAAAACAUAAAGUCAAAAAUACAAACAGAAAAUAUAUAUACAGUGUGUGCGAAUGUAGUAAGUUAUGGAGGUAAGGCAAUAAAUAGGCCAUAGUGCAAAAUAGUUGCCACAGAUUCCCACACACUGCACGUUUCUCCCUGGCUGUGGUUUAUGGCUGAGUACUGAGUACUGUGAGCAGGGCCUGCCUGAAGCUCCAGGGGUCUCCAGGGGUCAGGGGCUGCUCUGGGAGACACAGCCCAGUGUGAGAGCUCCCUCUCAGGGUGGACGCGGCCAGGGUCAUGGGUCCCCUGAUUUACGGCUGGCCUUUUGUGCGGCCCCGUGAAGAGGAGAAGAGGCUCCUACUCAGCCACAUCUAUGCCUAUAGACUGACUGACUUCUCCAGAAAUGGAGAGGGACUGACUGGGGUGUUUAGUCUGGAAAGAAGUAAUUAUGAUCGUGAUGAUUAAUUUUAACGCCCAAUGAAUGGAAAUGGAACUCUUUUCAGAGAACUUGUAAAUGGCUCCUGAAUAUAUCUAACAGGGACCACGCCCAAUCAUUAACAUCUCAGAUAAUACCAGCGUGUAAUAGUUCCAGAGAUAUUUUCAUCUGUAGGUCCUUAGAUGUAAGUACAAGCUUCAAGACAAAGAUUAGUCAUCUUAAUACCCUUCCCUAAAAAACAAUAGCGUCAGUCUCUCAUCUGGUCCUAGCUGAACUAAAUUGAUCCUGUUACCUGCUCUAAUCCUGUUGACUUUAGUCCUAGCAUAAAACUAAUCUGGAACAGUAGCCCAACAAUGCUACUCUCUGGCUGCCUUUGAGGAUUGACCAGCAUGAGUAUCCCAAAUAAUGAUAUCCCAUGCCCUUAUUUUCCCCUUCCCCCGCAUUUUCUAUCCUUCGCAAUUUCACUCCACUAUUCAAUCUAGUUCUCCCCUCUGUGCCUCAGUCUCUCUCUCUCUCUCUCUCUCUCUCUCUCUCUCUCUCUCUCUCUCUCUCUCUCUCUCUCUCUCUCUCUCUCUCUCUCUCUCUCAAUGUCUCUUUCUUUCUCUCUCUCUCUCUCUCUCUCUCAAUGUCUCUCUCUCUCUGCUCUGGCGUGUUGCCCCCUGAGUCCAUCUGUCCCUGUAUAACACUGUGCUUCUCAGCCCGCCUUGUACAUCGCUAUUCCCCCAGGGCAGGUCACAUGACCUGAGAGAGACAUUUCCAUACAGCAGUAGCCCACCAGAUCCAGGGUUGCAUUCCCUUACAGGACACCAGUGGAACCUCAUGCCACCACUGAAGCCCCCCGAACCUGGAAGAUCUGUAGUAGACUUUCACUACUAGUAGUCUUCCCUCACGCUGACCUCUGUGUGUGGGGGUUUUGUGUGAAGUGAUUGUAGUGUUACUAGUACAUUCUUUUUUAUGAAUCUAGCAAAAGCCACAUGAUGGUGGAACAGUAAUUCCCCAUGUUCCUGCCAAUUCACUAGAGUGACUCAGAGAACUGAGAGGGAGGAGGUGUUCAUUCAGCAAUGAGCGGGGAAACCUGAGACCCUAGACGGUCGAACCGCUCACUUUUAAAUAGACUGACCCACAAUGCAGUGUACCUCUCACCCUCUUUCUUCUCACUUCUGAGUCCCUCCAAAUGCAUUCCCCUCUUCUUCUCCCUCAGAACUGCUUUUAUUCAUUCUCUCCUUCCUUCACACUGCAUUCAGAACAACUGUGACCUGCUCACAUCCCCCUCCUCCAAAAACAAGUCUCAAUUUCUCCCUGUCACUCGAUUUAAAUUGGGUCAGCAUGCGUUUGCGUCCCAACACUGACCCCCAACCCCUGCCCCCCCCCAAUGGAGGAGUGACCGCCAAAAUGUUGGGCAUUACGUAAGUACGAAGUCUGCUGGGUCGUCCACAGCAGGGUGCCUUAGGAGGGCCAACAAAAGAAGUGGGUUAGGCUGCUAUUAUCCUCCUCACUGGUCCUUCCCGGACCCAUGUUUGGGGGCGGCCAUUAUCACGACUGUUCUUCCCUGCACCGUCGUUUGGGCUCUUUUACUGCAAACCAAGUGCAAUUAAUGAUCAUUAGCUGCCCUGUCUCCCCUCGUUCCCAUCAAGCCCCUCCCGUCUUGGCCCCGGUUGGGGAAGUGGGCCAAUCACAGCGCUUGGGGCACUCAGGCGUGCACUCAACUCGGUGGUAGAGUGCUGAUUCCAUUCUUUCCCCCUAACAGGCCAUUCAGCGCGUGAGCCGGGGCGGGGAGGGACGAGGGCUCAUUAGCACGGGGGGCUCGUUAGAGACCGGGGGACGGCCGUCGCUGUGCCACACGCUGGACAGGAGAGGUCUGUCCCAACACAAUCGUCUGUGUCUCUGUCUAAUUAUCUGAACGGGGACUAGAUUGUGUCGGUCAGCGAGUGGUCACAUUGCACCACAGCGUGCCCUGAUCCCGGUCUCCCCCUCCUCUUCCUCUAAUCUACCUCCACUAACCCCCCCCCCCCACUACCCCUCGCCCACCACCCUCACCACCCCACUCACUGUCUCCAUCCAGAGCAGUUUUAUCCGUUAGCUAUGGCGGGAUGUCCCCAUAUCCAUGGUCAUUGUUUGGGGGACAGGCCACUGUGAGCAACCACAAUGGGCUCAGAACACUUUACCAUCACGUCUCCCCAAACAUAGCGUCACAUGGGAGAGCCCCGCCAAAAAACACCCGCCACAGGGACCCAGACCUCCCCAACUGGGCUACCUCUCCUGUUUUUCUCUUUACUCUGUCUUUCUCCCCUUUACCCUAACAUUAUAGUGACACUGUAGAGAUAUCCACAAAGAGGUGGAGUGGGAUUCAUUUUGACCAUACGUGUGCAUAUUACAUUUAUUUGACAAAGAGGAUGUUUCAAAAGGAGAGGGGUUUUUAAGUUCUGAGGGACCAAAAGGUUUUAGAGUUGCAGUGUCAUGGUUGUCUCCUGAAUGACACUGUCUGGUGUUCUCUCUUUUUUUUACAGUGUAUUUAUGCGUUCCCUGAUAAGCAAAAUGGACUUCCGUUCUUUGGCGUUAAAGCUAUACAAAGCAAAGGUAAUGACAACAUUUGGUUUGUAUUAUCUCAUGCCUGUUGAAUCACCAUCUUCAGUAUUGACGAUGGUCUAUAGUGCCUUCAGAAAGUAUUCACACCCCUUGACCUUUUCCACAUUUUGUUGUGUUACAACCUGAAUUUAAAAUAUAUAGAUUAAAUUGAGAUUUUCUGUCACUAGCCUACACACAAUACCCCAUAAUGUCAAAGUGGAAUUAUGUUUUUCGAAAUUUGUAAAAAGUAAUAAAAAAUGAAAAGCUGAAAUGUCUUGAGUCAGUAAGUAUUCAACCCCUUUGUUAUGGCAAGCCUAAAUAAGUUCAGGAGUAAAAACGUGCUUAACAAGUCACAUAAUAAGUUGCAGGGACUGCAAUAAUAAUGUUUAACAUCUCUGUAAGGUCCCUCAGUCGAGCAGUGAAUUUCAAACACAGAUUCAACCACAAAGACCAGGGAGGUUCUCCAAUGCCUCACAAAGAAGGGCACCUAUUAGUAGAUGGGUAAAAAAAAUUAAAAUACCUUGAAUAUCUCUUUGAGCAUGGUGAAGUUAUUAAUUACACUUUGGAUGGUUUAUCAAUACACCUAGUCGCUACAAAGAUACAGGCAUCCUUCCUAACUCAGUUGCCGGAGAGGAAGGAAACCGCUCAGGGAUUUCACCAUGAUGGUCAAUGGUGACUUUAAAACAGUUCAGAGUUUAAUGGCUGUGAUAGGAGAAAACUGAGGAUGGAUCAACAACAUUGUAGUUGCUCCACAAUACUAACAUAAAUGACAGAGUGAAAAGAAGCUAGCUUGUACAGAAUAAAAAUAUUACAAAACAUGCAUGCUGUUUGCAACAAGGCACUAAAGUAAUACUGCAAAAGAUGUGGCAAAUCAAUUAACUUUUUGUCCUGAAUACAAAGUGUUAUGGUUGGGGCAAAUCCAAUACAGUACAUUACUGAGUACCACACACCAUAUUUUCAAGCAUAGUGGUGGCUGCAUUGUGUUAUGGUUAUUCUUGUAAUUGUUAUGGACUGGGGAGUUUUUCAGGAUAAAAACAAAAACAGAAUGGAGCUAAGCACAGGCAAAAUCCUAGAGGAAAACCUGUUUCAGUCUGCUUUCCACCAGACACUGGGAGAUUCAUUCACCUUUCAGCAGGACAAUAACCUAAAACAUGGUUUCCCAAACUCGGUCCUGGGGCCACCCCUGGGUGCACAUUUUGGUUUUUUACACUAGCACUACACAGCUGAUUCAAAAUAAUCAAAGCUUGAUGAUGAGUUGGUUAUUUGAAUCAGUUGUGUAGUGCUAGGCCAGGACCGAGUUUGGGAAACCAUGACCUAAAACCCAAGGCCAAAUCUACACUUGAGUUGCUUACCAAGACACCAUUGAAUGUUCCUGAGUGGCCGAGUUACAGUUUUGACUUAAAUCUGCUUGAAAAUCUAUGGCAAGGCCUGAAAAUGGUUGACUAGCAAUGAUCAACAACCAAUUUUGACAGAGCGUGAAGAAUUUUGAAAAGAAUAAUGGGCAAAUGUUGCACAAUCCAGGUGUGGAAAGCUCUUAGAGACUUACCCAGAAAAACUCACAGCUGUAAUCGCUGCUAAAAGUGAUUUCUAACAUUUAUUCACUCAGGGGGUUGAAUAUUUAUCUAAUCAAGAUAUAUUACAUGUUUUAUUUUUCAAAUGUUAGAAUUGUUCUUCUACUUUGACAUUACUGAGUAUUUUGUAUAGAUUGCUGACCAAACAAAUGUCAAUUAAAUCCAUUUUAAUCCCACUUUCUGAAGGCAUUAAUGUUUGCUUACUCCCUAACUGUAAAGGCCAUCUUUACCAUGUACAGUAUAGUUUAACAUUUACCAUAAUCACUCUCAUGAAGGUAUUUUCAUGCUUACAUCACAAGAUCUUUUCCAACCUGCGGUACCUCUCCCUCUUUCAUGGCCCCGGGAGGGUAAUUACAGUGAAAUAAAGACUUGGUAAACACUUUGAAGGGCAUUUCAAAUGAAAGCUUAGUAAAACUAGCUUUUUCCAGAACAACCAAGUGCAUCUAUAGAGAGAGAGAGAGAGAGAGAGAAAGGAGAGCGAUGAGAGAGAGACAAGAGGAUAGCAGAAGAAGAGUUAAUAGCGAGAAGAGAGCAGAUAGAGAAAGUAGAGAUGAGAGAGAGAGAGAGACGAGAGAGAAGAGGAGAGUGAGAUCUCGAUAGACGGAGAUGGAGACGAGGGAGAGAGUAUCGCCCUCCCUAGCGAGGACUGAGAGAGGAGAGAGAGAGAGAGAGAGUUCCUUUUCGCUUUCAUGGAUUACGGGGCCUUAAUCUCAUUAAAGUGCCCAGCGGUGUACCUCCCGCGCCGCUCCGCCCCUCCCUCCCUUUAAUCAGUCCUGAGACACACUACUACUCAUCUCAGAUGGACCAGGGCUAUAGGAUGGCCAUUCACAAGAGGCAAGGCAGCCCGUCGCAUUCAAAUGGGGAGGGCAGGCCGACGAGGCCGUUGAAAGGCACAUAGGGAACAUGAAAGCAUGUGGCCAUGGGUAUGGAAACUGAUUCUGGUCUAGGUGGAGGAAGGCUUUGUAAUUAUAGAGCUGGUAGUAGGGAUAGGGUUGUUAACUGGGCUGCAGGAGCUGGAGGGUAGAAAUGGGCUAAUUGCCAGAGGAUUAUACCCCCUCCCCCCAAUUAUUAUCUAGAAUGCAUUUAACUGUGAAAACAGGUGCACUCAUACAAAACUAGAAACAGGCCGAUGUAACAUGAGACACUAGGAGAGGCACACACCGACCGACACACACAUACACGAGACACACACACACCUCUGCCUUGACUAAACCAAGUCCACACCGUUGCAUAUUGAAAAGGCCUCUCUUUUUUCCACCUGUUUUGACAUGUUGUUUGUCUCUCUACAGCAGCUGUUCCUGUUCCUGCUGGAGGGGCAGACAGGGGGCACUGUGGCCCAGCAGGGCUGUAUCAGUGCAGAGCAGCUCCUGGUGGAGCUAAAGGCCGGGGGCAUCCGACCAGAACAAGAGGAAGCCAUCAAACAGGAGCUCCGACACAUCAGCUCCCUGGACCUGCUGGACUUCCUGGCGUACCUGCCCCUCUUCGUCCUCAUCCACAACUCGGUCAUCGCCAACCCACUGGAUGACUCCAGCAACCUG